CGCCAUCUCCAGUCAGAGUAGUAGAACCGUGUUCCCAUGACAAAGACAUAGUUGUCGACAUUAAAAGCUCACGAGCAGCGAGUCUUUGCUUUAGGUUUUGUGUCCACGCCGCUGUGUUUACACCGGUAAACGAUGCGCAAAUCACUCCCACCGGAAAUGACCCGCAUCUAUGCAGACGAAUGGCAGCGCCCGUGUUUUGGCGCGUAAACUUGUCUAUUCUCUCGAAGCGGCGCAACACUUACAAGGUAGACUGAAAGUAAAACGUGGAGUCAUGUCUGUUUUACUGAAGGAAAUACGACGCUUUAACUCCAAAGCCGCAGCUGAGCUGGAAGGCGCAGGAAUCCACACUGACCCGGAGCUGCAGGCGCUCAGUCGACAGGACCUGUCCGAGCUGUUUCCUGGACUGAAGAACUUCCAGCUCAGGAAGAGCAUCCUUGGGAUCAUUCACAGACGGAAACCGGUUGACGUGCUCCUGGAGGACCUUCGAGGUUUCAUCCCAGAUGACUCUCUCAGGGAUGCGCUGAGUAGCAAUGGGAUCUUGGUUGACUACCUCCAUGUGCUGAAGGACAUAAAGGCUCAAGUGGAUAAUGUGCAGAGUUUCCUUGUAGCUCACAUUGGUAUGCUGGAGAACAUCAGCAGAGCUCAGUCGAGCCCGGAACUUUGCAAAGCUGAAAGCAUCAAGGAUCAAUUCUGUGAAUGGAUCAUGCAGCUUUACACGAACCCGGUCAGAAGGGAGACAGGAUAUACACAGAUGGAGCAUACAUCUCAGGGAGGCUGUAGCCUCACCCAGCCGCCAGCAGAUAACAAGUGGAGUAAAGAGAAGACAGUUAGUUUAGUAAAUCACCGUAAAGAUGAAACUGAAGCCACUCAACUUCGAACUCUAGAAGACUCUCCAAAAGCAACAAGGGCCUAUAGCAACAGCAGCAGACUGCCCUCUGGUGAUCACACUCACGGCCGUCCACACAAAGCACAAGCAUCAGUGAAAUACAAGAUGUUGGUCACUGCUCAAACGUUUGGAGCCCACGUUCAGCUACUGAAUGAUAUAAUGGGUUCAGAUCAGGAGUUGAAUUUGGUCGAAGUUGAAGAAAGACAAAGCAGUGAGGAUUUCAAGGUCAUCAUCGUCUUCUGUCCUAUUGUUUCACGUCCCGGGACGGACAUAGAAGCAGCUAUGAAGACAGUCAGAGAUGAUAAACCUGUCAUUUUGGUUUUGAUGCACCACAGUCGUGAAGCCAAACCCUGUCCCUCUGCGAGAAGCUAUGGUGAUUUCCCUAAUGUUGUGGUGCAUGUCAAUGUUUUCUACCAUGAAAUGGUGAAAGGAUUAAUACCAUGCCCCCAAAACCAGGAUGCUGUCUCCAAGAUGAGACAAGAAUUACGCAGGUACAGAGACACCAGUUCAUCGAACGUUUCCACCAGUGGUGAUAAAAAAAACUGUAGCAUGUGGUGACAGUAACACCGGACCUCAUGAUGAGAAACAAGCAGGUGGUUUUAUGUCCCCUUUGUCUCUUUUGAGAGGUUUUAGGUCUUGAUAGACCCGGUGGGUAGUAGCAUCAUGUCAGUCUAUAAAAGGAAAAUAAAUUUGAGGAAAUCUUUAGUUGUCUUUAUCGGCAAGAACAGUUUGAUAAUUGUGAGCUUGUUGAAGUUAAAUGUUGUUAAAUAGAAUUAUUAUGUAUUCAUACCAGUACGUGUAGUAUUUUUGUGCAUGCAGGUUGUCUUACAGUAUAUCAAAAUAAAACAUUACAUUGUACAGAUGAAAAAAAUAAAACUGCAAAUAUGUCUUUGUUGCUUCAGUGUAACUGAGUAUGUCAUCAGCUAUGAUUGUUAUUUAGAUGGUUAAAAAUCACAAGUCCACUGAUUUGUUUUUUAAUUUCUACAAGCAUGUCAUGGCUGUGUCCUGUAAAGUAUAUUCUAGUUAAUCAUUUGUGUUGAAAUUUUUUUUGUUUUGUUGUAUUUUUAAAUCAAAUAAAUAAAGCCAAUGUAAAGAACUCUGA